UCUGAUAUUUUGCGCCCACCGCUUGUUUGCUUUCAGCUCUUGGUAGAAUAGGACAAAAAAAGAUAAUUCCAUAUCGUUUCUCCUUGAUCAAAAUGAAGAACGUCGUUGCCCUCGUCGCCACGGCCGUUCUGGCUGCCCAGAGCGCCUCUGCGCACUACAUCUUCCAGUCCUUGUCCAAGGGCACCGCCAAGGGAACUGCGUACGAAUACGUCCGUCGCAAUACCAACUACAACUCCCCCGUCACCGACCUCUCUUCCAAUGACCUCCGAUGCAAUGUCGGCGGUGCCACCGGCGGGAACACGAGCACCCUCGACAUCAACGCGGGCGACCCGUUCACCUUCACCCUCGACACGGCCGUGUACCAUCAGGGUCCCAUCUCGCUAUACAUGUCGAAGGCCCCAGGUGCCGCCGUCGACUACGAUGGAAGCGGUGACUGGUUCAAGAUCAACGACUGGGCACCCAACUUCAGCGGCGGCCAGGCUAGCUGGACCAUGAAGGACACCUACUCCUACACCAUCCCCAAGUGUGUCCCUAGCGGCGAAUACCUUCUCCGAAUUCAGUCACUCGCCAUCCACAACCCUGGUGGUGUUCCGCAGUUCUACGUCGGUUGCGGUCAGAUCAAGGUCAGCGGUGGUGACAGUGCCUCGCCCAAGCCCACUGCUAAGAUUCCCGGUGCUUUCAAGGCUACUGACCCAGGCUACACGGCCAACAUCUACAACAACUUCCACAGCUACAUCGUCCCAGGCCCUGAUGUCUUCGCCUGCUAAAUAGGUUCGUAUAGGAUUGCCGUGAAGGCAGGGGAUAUCUUAGGUAGAUUAUUGUGAGAAGUUUGGAUAUUGUUUCAUGUGAUGUAUCUCGUUAAGAUAGGUCAUGA